AAAAAGAUGGGAUUUAGGAACACAAACUUGGUGCUGGAUGCCUCCCGCGCCGCCCACUUGCCCGAGAUUGGGAAGUUUGGCACUGGCUUCUUGAGCGAUCCUGUGGGCAUUCAAGCGAAGCUGAAAGAAGCUGGGGUGAGGCUUGUGCCAACCGCUGCCAUUCUUCCGGGCAACGGCUCCCCUGGAUGAGAUCCGAGAGCUCCAGAACUAUGGAAUUUCACCCAUAGGUUGCAUUGCUGCUCCGUCGCGAGUGACACUCAGCGACGAGGUGAAAAGAAGUCUGGGUAUUCCAGCUCACGCCACCGAGUAUGCCUGGGCAUACCCAGUGAGCCCGGGCAAGUGGACCUCUGAGGCCUUGGGCUACUUCUCCACUAGCACCCCCUCUGCAGCCUUCUUCAUCUAUGGCGGCUACAUCUACUUUGACAAGAUGGGAAGGGUUGCUGCAGUGUGCGCGAUUUCUUUGGGCAAUGGCCUGGAGUUCGAACCUGCAGAAGCCUGGGACAAUCGCUACAGCGGAGCCUUGGAGAAGCGCUGGGUGCCUGUGACCGUGCCCUACAUCCUGGAGCGAGGAGCCCGCCAUUUUGCCUGGAUUAAUGGUGGCGAGCUCCUGCAACCAUCGGCCAAGGAUGUACUCGGCGGCCAGGAUUGGCGCGCUCCAGCUAACGGUUGCUUUGUGUACAAAUUCCACGAGUCUCCUUUGCUGGCGGAUGACCGGGACGUCUUCUUCGCGGUGAGGGGCUCGCUCGUACACCAGAAAGCCUUUGGAAAACUGGGCGCCCUUGAAGAGCAGGCAAUGCGUCAGCUUCGGAAUCAGAUGGGUGGAGAAUCCUUGAAGGACGCCAGCAUCGCCAAGGUUCAACAAGCAUUGGAAGAGUGGGAUGCAAACCUGGAUGGGAGGAUCAGCGAAGAUGAGAUGGCAACAGCCUUGAAGAUCUUGUGUCCCAGGAUGACACAGGAAGUCAUCAAGAACCUCUUCUCCCAAGCCGAUCUCAACAAGGAUGGCUUUGUCGAUGUGAAUGAGUUUGUGCAAUGGCUGUGGCCAACAGCAAAGUCUCCGCCAUAGGCGAUGCUAGGUUUUGAAGCCACGCCCACAAUGCACACGUACAAAUCACACAUAUCACCAAUUGUCUCCUCCAAGAGGAUCAAGCUGUGAGGUAUGUCUGUGCGAAA